AUGGAUGUAAAAAAACACAUCGUUAUCAAACUCUAUAACAAUCCGCACCGAAAUCAAACACUUAUAAAAUACUUGAAUAAAAACUGUUUUGCGUUCUUUCAAGCGGAUACCUAUGAAGACCUGCUGGGUUACUCUCUAAAUACGAUCUUCAGCCAACAAAAGUUUGAAUCGGAGCCGAAUACUGAUGAACCUGAUGCUCAUAAUGUCAGCAAUCAAGAUAUUUUAGAAACAUGGGCGAACUGCGAAAAUUCUCAAUUAUUGGUAUCGGAAAAUCUUAAUGACGAAGGGAUUCUUAUUCUUGACGAUCCAAUAGAAACGACUGCGAAACAAGAAUCUGAUAUAACUGUUGAUGAAGAGCCCGUUUUCAAGAAGCUCAAACCAUCCGAGUAUUCGACAACUGAGGCGUGCUAUUCGUCAAGUGACGAAGGUGUUUCGAUGAAAAAGAAAAUUGAUACUGGAAUGCAGGACUGUGGAGUUUGCAAAAAAAGUGUAUGCGUUGGAAAAACGAGAAAAACUCGCAUCCGUCGACAAAUUGGACACAUUUUAUUGGAACAUCGCAAUACUUUGGAUAUGCCGGAUCUUGAAAGAUACCACUGCCAGAACUGCAACCGCAUAUUGCCGAUUCAGACCUCGCCAUGCGAGCACAUUAAAGAGCAUCAUAACAUUAACAAAGAUGUAAUUACAUUCAAGGACUUGUGGACAACUGAACAGUUUCGAUUGGUCAAUGAUCUACUUAUUCUCUGUUUUGAUCGAGCUGUUCCAGUGCCCCGUGGAAGACGUUUUAACGGCACUGAUGAAGCUGACAACACUCCAUAUGUUAUCGACAGUGAGGAUGGGAAGCUCACCAUUGAGCCAAUAUUUGAGAAAAGAACAAAUCCUGAGUAA